AUAAAACAACAAUAAGUCAAUAUUCGGAUUCCAUAUUAGUGUUUGAGUGUACUCAGUUGGUUACUGGCAAGAACAUCGAUGUACCUACGUAAUUAAUUAUAAUAUAUUUUAGAUAUAUGCACUCAAAGGCAGUGAACAAUAUAUAAUUUUCAUUUGAACACUGAAAGACUAUUGUCGCAGUAUUGUGUUUUUCAUUUAAAAUGACUCCAUAUAUUUCUCACAAAAGUACAUUCAUCAUUUUUAUAAUAUGUAUCAAUAUUGUAUCCGUGUGUUUAUUAUACCAACCAAUCAAGGAAGAUCCUAUUACUAUAAAUCAACAAAAAUUUAUGUAUUUAAAUUAUUUAAAAGCACUUAAUGAAUUAACCGACCACCCAAAUCUGGAAAAACUCGAUGUAGAUCAAUAUUACAACUCUUAUUAUAAUGAGAAAUAUUGGACUAUGCCUGAAGUAAAAAAUGAAAAUAAUUAUGAUUAUUGGAAAGAAAGACAAAUCAAUUAUUGUAACGAGGAGUAUGUAAGGCAGUCACAUUUUGAAACAACUUAUUAUGUCGGAGAGUUUGGAACAUUUAUGAAUAAUUUAAGAGAAUGUCUAAAAGAUUCUUAUGUUUUUAAAAUAUUAAAAUAUUGCUGCCAUCCAAAUCGUAUAACUACAGAAAAACCUGUCGAAUGCUUAGGAGUAUUAGAAGAAGGUGGUAGAAACGAGGUGACUAAGUGUUUUGAACCAUUUAAAAAUGAAGUUUCAAAACUGUUUGGAAAAAAACCAGAGAAUUUAAAAUAUACAUAUAAUUUAGAAUUUACAAAAACGAAUCUCGGAAAAAGAGCUGAAAUUGCAUUUGGUAUUGUUACUGAUCAAGAAGAACCGAAUGAAUUAUGUGAUGAGGAUUUUGAAGACUUGUCAGACAAUUAUAAAAAAUUCACAGGUGAUACUACAUAUUAUGAUACAGAUACAUCUCAAAGCAAAUGCUUAGAGAAUUUCGAAAAAUAUAAUCAUAAAAAGUUCGAUGAAUGGCGUUCAAAAUACAAUGUUCUCAAAGGAUUCAAUAACUUCAAAGAAUUUUCGAGACAAAUAAAAAUAUCACUAAAAUAUCUAGAAGGCUUAGGGUUGAAUUUAAAUCGCCUUUCCAAGGAAAAAAAACGUCGCAGAGCAGCAGGGUAAGAAUUGCCUAUUUCUUUUAUUUCGGUUUUAAAUGGUAAUUUUACAAUAAAUUUACCAUCCAAGCCUUGGCGAACUGUUUGAUCAAAAUACGAUUGACAAGCUUUUUCUUCCAAUGUAUAAUUAUUUUUUUCCUUUGAUACCGUUUCUAAACGCCAAAAUUUCGAGAUUUGAUCCUCUAGAUUAUUUAUUACGAUUUCGCUUAAUAACGUAAUAUUUUCCCGAUGAGUAUUUUUAUUGUAUUUUGGUAUAGGGCCCGCAACUAUCCAUCCUAACCUCGUCUCUUGUAUAAUCGGCCCGUUAUUAGUAGAUUUAAUUUGCCCAGGACGCAUUAAGUCAAAAAAUAAUUCAUUACCUAAUAACAUAUCAUUUUUUUGCGGUUUAUUAUAUGCGUUGUCCGCUA